AUGUCCAGCGAUACAGGAAUUACUGCCCUGCUAUCCCACCAAUGGAUAGGCGACGUCGAGGGACAACACACGCUACUCCUGAAAGAAGACGGAUCCGGAGAGAUCGUUUCCCGCUCUGAGCUGACCAUUGCGUUGGCCGCGCAUCUCACCUGGAAGGUCAUCGACUCUGGCCCCGUCAACGACGACGACCCACCCGCGCAGUCGUUCUUGGGCAAGCUCCUCCGGCGAAAUCCACCCUCAACCGAAGCCCUCGUCGCGACGAUCGAGCUCACCAUCUCGAAGGACACGAGCCCCAUGACGCUCGUCCCCGAACACCGCAAUUCGGAAAUUGGAGGAGAUCGGAUUCUGAAGGAGAGCGGUUUGGAGCCCAAACGCUUCGGGGUUGUCGUCCAGAGAGGUGUUUUCCAGCCACCGUUUUGGAGGAAGGACUUUGGGACCAAGUAUGCCCUUCGACUGAGCUUUGAUCCUUCACCGUAUCCCCCUGUGGAGGAAUGGUCGCCGGACCGCAGGGAUAUGGUUGAAUCGGUCAAGCCGUUUAACAGGAUUUCGUUUGUGGCACUCGAGAUACAGGAGCAAUAA